CUCGCUCUCCCCUCUCCUCUCGCCCACCGGAAAGGGAAAGCCGGAGCCCGACCCACAGGAAGGAAGCCCGAGGAGGAGUUGGAGGAGGACGACGCCGCGGCAGCAGCAGCAGCAGCAGCGUGCGCCCGCCCCUCGAUUCACUGAUUGAUUAAAAGCCUCGGGCUUUAUCUUAUCUAUCCAUCCAUCAUAGCCUGCGCUCUGCUUGCCUGUCCUUCCUUCUCCCGAUCUACUUAAUUUGCCCGGCCCGACUGAAGAAUUGUUGCAAUCCAUAUCAUACAUAGCUAAGCUACCCACUGUUGCUUCACUAGAAGUCUCUACCCAAUCUGCCGCCGUGGGGGCGAUGAACUACCACUGGGCCUCAGGGGUCAUCAUGUAUCUAUAUAUUUGAGGUUCGUGCGGGGACAUGGCAAUGGAACUUGUUCUUGGGGUGCUGCUGCGGCUGCAAUUUCUUUGUCCCAGGCAAUGGCCACAGAGAAGAGCAAAAGAUAAGGUGGCUGUUUUAAACACGGACAUGCUGAUAAUGCUUGCUGCGGCAGCCUCGGUUUCUCUCUGUUAUUAUCUGCUGCUGCCUCGUUGUGGCUGCAAACCUGCACCGGCUACCAGCCAUACCUGGAGCAGCAGUGUCCAGAGAGAUGGUUUCAAGUACACACAACACAAUUCUACUCUGCGAGGGGUCCAUUUCACUUUCCGUUUUGGAUAGUGUGGCUCGUUUUGGAGUUGAUUUUAUGCUAACAGAGUCUAGGUGUCAAUAGUUAGAAUUUACUAACUGGUUUGACUUGGUAGUGUACAUCUGUAAAGAAAAUUACCUGGUUUGGGUUGAGUCAGUGUAAAAGAAAUGGAACAGAGGAACGUACUGGCAUUGGGUAAACAUGUGCUCAAAGCUACUGAUCGCAAGCGAAAGCGUGAAACUGCUCAGGAGCACGCUGAGGGCAAUGAUGCGAUGGUGUUGUCUCAGCAUGAUCCAAGGAAACACCUUGUGAGAUCUGAUGACAGAGCUCAAUUUAAGAAGUCUAAAGUGGCUUCCUGUGGGAUUGGAGGUAUAUUGGAGUCGUAUUGGAACUUUAAGAGAAGUGGGCUGCCUGUGCGUGUGCUUUUCUACCAACACGGUGACUGGAGUGAUUUUCCAGAGGAUGUUGUCAAUCUAGCACAACGUGAAUUCCAAUUGAAGAGGCCAAUUACUACUGCAGUGUUCCAGAACAAGCACAUCCUGUUGGAUUUCAUUCAUAUGAUUUGCGUAGAUUAUGAGAUGACCAUAAACAAACCACUAGCAUGGGUUGAUGAUCAUGGCAAAGACUUCUUUCCAGAUUUAUCUUCUGGAUUGUACAUGUCUAAACCAUCUCAGCAUGAGAAAGGUGAAGCUGUUGAGCGUGCUGGGAUGUCUACAAGUGUAGCUGAAAGCUCAAGUUCAGUAUCCAUUGGUGAAGUAGUAUCUCAUGGUAAGAGGAUCAACAAUAUUGCGGAGGACAACCUGGAAGCACAUAAUAAACUUGAUGAAGCUAUUGGUGAAAACAAAUCAGGUCCUUCAGUCCAUUUGAAUGAACAUUCUAGUGGAAUCAUACAAACUGCUACAGGCAAGCGAAGCAAUGGUCCGCGUGUUGAUUCAGCUGUGCGGAAUUUGUUACUUCAAGGAUUAGGCCACCCUUUUAAAGAAAAAGAUAUUAUUGGUAUCUACAGAACACCACUGCUAGAUCAGCAUGGGCAAGUUCGUUCUGGUCUUUUCCAGGAGGAGGUAGAAGUGGCCAAAAGUCGUCGUGGGAACGCAAAUGUGCGUUAUGCUUGGCUUCCUUGCUCGAGAGGUACUAUGGAGGAGAUGAUGAUGCGAGGUGCUCUGGAAAUUGCUAAACCGCAGCAUGGCCACACGCAUGGUGUUGGAACUUGUCUUGCUCCAGCAAACUGCUCAAAUUCAUGUGCCCGCUAUUCAGAUUUUCAUGAAGAUGGCGUCAUCAGAAUGAUGUUGUGCCGUGUAAUAAUGGGUAAUGUUGAGGUUGUUUUGCCUGGAUCAAAGCAAUUCCAGCCAAGCAAUGAAAAUUUUGAUAGUGGCGUGGAUGAUCUUCAAAAUCCUAAGCAUUAUAUCAUAUGGGAUGCUAAUGUGCAUAAACAGAUAUAUGCUGAAUAUGCUGUUAUUGUCAAAGUACCUCCCACGAUCAAUGAAUACUUAGUCUCGAAGGAUAGCAUGUCCAACAUAUCUGAGAUCACAAGUUCUGGUUCUACAGACAAUCUAACAAAGGGGGGACCUAGGUUGCCAGUCAUGGCGCCUUCACCUGUUGAACAAGAAGCACCUAAGUUGGGACAUGCUCCAAGGGCUCCCUCCUCACCAUGGAUGCCCUUUUCGAUGCUUUUUGCUGCCAUUUCCACAAAAGUGCCUCGUUCCGACAUGGAUUUGGUCAUCAGAUACUAUGAAGAAUUUAAGAGGAAAAAGAUAAGCAGGAGCGACUUGGUGAUACGGAUGAGGCAAAUAGUUGGUGACCAGAUACUGGUUUCUACAGUAAUGAGGCUUCAGCAGAAGUUUCCACCGAUGGCAGCAGCUGGGCUACCAAGAGCACUCGGAAGGAGGGAGUGAGAUUACAGUUGUUUAAGCCUUAUAUCUGGAGGAAUAACGUACACAGAUGCUUUGUCGACAUCACAACGCAUGGAGUCGAAAGGAGGGCGGGUACUGUUGUAGUAGUAGUAGUAAUAUCAGACUAAAGUUAUUUAGGCCUUGACAAAUUAAAACUCAAAUAAUUUUUAUAGUAGCCUAUUUCGGUUGCCUCUGUGGAAUCCAGCCCGCAAUCUGCCCUAGUUCUGUACUCUCCCUUUUAUACAUUCUUUCAUGAUCUGCUUGAUCUGCUUUUACUUUUUUUUUUUAAAAAAAAAUCUCUCUUAGCAGCUGUUGCCUGGUGUUGUAGUGCCUGGAGGCAACACUCAUCAUCUUAUGUAAUCUGUAAAUGCACAGCUUUAUGUGCCCCGUUCCCAUCCGGCCAUCCCAUGUAUGUAUAGCACAAGAAAUCAAAUGUGA